UUAAACACACUAUAGCAGUGUCGUUCAGAGCAGCGCGAAACAUCGUUCGUAUAAGUGCUUCUGCGUGCGAAGAAAACAAAGAAAAUGGCGUCUACGUGUUUUACACUUGUCAUUGGUGCAUUGGUUCUGCUAACCUUUUACCUGAUCAAAAAGUACACCUAUUGGAAAAGACGUGGAAUUCCAACGGUGAGGGGAAUCGUUCCUUUCGUGGGUAACAUAUUACCAGUACUAACUAUGAAAUACAAUUUCUUCGACUACAACACCAAACUGUACAACGAUUACAAAAACUACAGCAUGAUUGGAUAUUACAAAUUACUGACGCCAGUGUUGUUGAUUCGCGAUCCUGAAUUAGUGAAAACAGUGGUGCAAAGCAAUUUUUCAAAUUUCCACGAUAAUGGAAUAACACUUCGACCGGAACUGGAUCCUCUGCUAUCCAAGGAUCCGUUCUUCGCUUCCGGCGAAACAUGGUCGCGUUCUAGGAAAAGACUGGCUUAUGCAUUUUCUAAUGCCAAAUUGAAGGUAUUUUACGCAGCCGUUAAUGGAGUGUGUAAAAAGUUCGAAGAGUUUCUUAGCCAACAAUUAACCGACAACGAGAAAUACGAAAUUGAACUGAAGCAAUUGUUUUCAAAAUUCACUGCUGAGAUUGUGGCUAAUGCCGGUUUCGGUUUGGAGGGAUUCUCUUUCCAGGAGAAGAAGAAACCCAAGGCGUUCGAAGCGAUUUCACAGGGAAUGUCCGACUUCAGCUUCUUCAGAGGGUUCAUAAACAACAUCGUAUUCAUUCCUGAAAUCAGAAACCUUCUGAGGCUGAGACUCCUACCAAGGGAGUUCGAUCAGCUGUUCAGAAAUAUCGUCAAGGAGAGUCUGGAAAUCAGACGAAAUGAUCCAACGCCUAAAAACGACUAUCUGCAAUUAAUGAUGGAUCUUUCGAAAAGUACGAACGAGCCAAUAAGCGAUGAAGAUACUACCGCAGGAGCGUUAUCCUUUUACGUGAACGGUUUCGAAACAUCCGGCAACACCCUUAGCUUCGUAGGCUAUUACCUGGCGACACAUCCAGACAUUCAAGAAAAACUGAGACAGGAGAUUACGUCUAAAAUCGCUGAUUGCGAGGGUGUACUGACAUUCGAAGCACUGAAGGAAAUGACGUAUAUGGAUCAAGUGAUCAGCGAGUCGCAAAGAUGUUAUCCUGUCACAUCCUCUUUUUCGAGACAGUGUACCGAAGCGUGCGAACUACAAGGACCAGAUGGAUUAAAAUGUCGAGUGGAACCUGGUACACAGGUGAUUAUACCUAAUCACGCAUUGCAAUUGGAUCCACAAUACUGGUCCGAUCCCGAAGUUUUUGAUCCAGAGCGAUUCAACGAAGACAGGAAGAAAAGUAUAGUGAAAAUGACUUUCCUCCCAUUCGGGGAAGGGCCAAGAAUGUGCGUGGGAAUGAAAAUGGGUAUGUUGCAAGUGAAAUCGUGUUUGGUUACCUUGUUGACCAAGUACAAAUUGGAAUUAUCAAAUAAAACGCAGCUUCCUUUGAAGUUAUCGCCAUACGCCUCCGUGACGGUACCAAUUGGAGGCUUAUGGGCUCAUAUCUCAAAAAUUUAAAAAUGAUUUUUCAAAAACUCGUAUGUAACAUGUACUAUAUAUUAUUUUGAAGUUUCAUGUUGAUUAGCUGUUAGGAAUGUAAGUGUAUAAACUACAGAAUUGCGAAGCAAUAAUUAAUAGAUUACAUAUACAGUA